AUGGUUCCCUCGGGUGAGAACAUAACUUUCCCAGUGUCAGAGAACUGUCCCAACUGCAGCUCCUCCUCCUACCCUGAUAUGGAUAACACUAAGGCUGUGACCCUGGGUCUGGUGCUGGGAGUGUUUGUCAUCUUCGGGGUUCUGGGUAACAUCCUAGUCAUUCUGUCUGUCGUGUGCCACCGCCACCUGCGCUCCGUCACACACUACUUCAUCGCCAACCUGGCAGCGGCCGACCUGCUCCUGAGCUCCACCGUGCUGCCGUUCUCUGCCACCUCGGAGGUCCUGGGCCGCUGGGUGUUUGGCCGGCCUUUCUGUAGUGCUUGGGCCGCCUUGGAUGUUCUCUGCUGCACGGCCUCUAUCCUCAGCCUGUGUGUCAUCUCUGUGGACCGCUACCUUGCCGUCAGCUACCCGCUGCGCUACCCGUCCAUAGCCACUGGGCGGCGCGGCAUGGUCGCAGUGACAGCUCUCUGGGGCCUCUCAGCAGCCAUAUCAGUGGGUCCGCUCUUCGGCUGGAAGGAGCCCGACCCAGAGGACGAGACUGAGUGCCGGAUCACAGAGGAACCGGGUUAUGCUAUUUUCUCUGCCAUGGGGUCGUUCUAUGUGCCACUGGCUGUCAUCCUGGCCAUGUACUGCAGGGUGUAUGUGGUGGCCAAGCGGAAGACUCAGGACCUGAGGGAGGGCAGGAAGAGGGAGGGGGGGAUGGACACGGAGGGAGAGGGAGUGACACUGAGGAUCCAUCGGGGAAAUGCCCCUGCUGUGCCAGAGGGACAGGAGGAGGAGGGAGAUGAGGGCACCAUUAGGCGGAGACGCACCACCUUCGCCCUCAUGCGCCUGCUGAAGUUCUCCCGGGAGAAGAAGGCAGCCAAGACUCUGGGCAUCGUGGUUGGCUGCUUCGUUCUCUGCUGGCUGCCCUUCUUCCUGGUUAUGCCCAUCGGCUCCAUAUUCCCAUCAUACAGGCCAUCUGACACCAUCUUUAAGAUCACCUUCUGGCUGGGCUACCUCAACAGCUGUAUCAACCCUAUUAUCUAUCCCUGCUUCAGCCAGGAGUUCAAGAGGGCCUUCCUCAACGUUCUGCACGGACGCUGUCUCAGACAGGGGGGCAGGAGCUCCAAGUCUCUGGGGUUUGCUUCUUCCUAUGAUCCCAGUCCUGGUCCAUUGUCUCUUAUCAGAUCCCAGCCUCCCCCCUCCUCCUCCAGCUCCUCCACCCAGCCACCCCAAGCCCCCUCCCCAGCUUCUCCCUCCUUGGGCUGCUGUAGGACCUUCUCUGGCUCCUCUUCCUCAGUGGGGGUGCCAGGUCAUACCCACAUUGCCCGGGUCCACAGUAAAAGCCUGCUGAAGGCGUGGUGCUUUGCAGCGGGGGAAAGACUGCCACCAUUGGGUGCUCCUAGCCUAAGCCCCUCAGCCCGUGGUGCUGCUACAUGUCAAGCCAAAGUCCAUCGCCUCUCCUUGGGAGCGAAAGGGGAGGCAGUGUGACUGGGAACACUAAAGGCUGCUGGAUAAUAAAAAAAUCCCCAAGUUCUGGGAAAAUAAGUGAUUGUAAUUGGCGUGAAGUUAAGUCAUAUCUAUAAACUUGCUAGAGUCAGACAAAACAAAAUAUGCUAGACAAG